UAUGAAACUAAAUUCACUAAAAACACAAUCAACUUUUUCGGCAUGUCUCAGUCAAACAACACUGUUUGUGUAAAACGUCACACAUCAGAUUGUUUACGUGAGUAACGAUGUCUGAUACAUUUCCAUCAGGACCCGGAACUGCCCGUGCAGGCUACAUCAGCUUCAUGUGUCUGAUGUGUCUGAAAGACUUUCUUCAGCGCGCCACCGAGAUUCACAUCUCAUGGCUUUGGGUCUGAUCGGUGUCCUCGCGCUCUCCGGUGCGGUGCUUAUGUGCGCGCUCGCGGCGUUUCUUUCCUUCAAAAGACGCGCUUUGCGAUGCUUCAAUCAGCCGCCGCAGAGAAACUGGUUAUUGGGACACAUGGGAUUGAUGGGUCAUAAUGAAGAAGGACUGCAGGCCGUUGAUGAAUUAAUCAAGCGUUAUGUCCAUUCUUGUGCGUGGUAUCUGGGUCCUUUCUACACUAUGGUUCGUCUUUUCCACCCAGACUAUGUGAAAUCUCUUUUGACAGCCUCGGCUUCCAUUACAUUCAAAGACAGGAUCUUUUAUGGCUUCAUGAAGCCCUGGCUGGGUCAGUCGCUUCUGCUCCAGAACGGUCAGGAGUGGUUGCGCCAUCGCCGACUUCUGACUUCAGCUUUUCAUUUCGACAUCCUUAAAAAAUAUGUGCAUGUAUUCAAUCAAUCCACAAACAAAUUGCACGAUAAAUGGCGACACCUGCUGGCCGCUGGACAGAACGACAUUGACAUGUUUGAGCACAUGAGCUCAAUGACUCUGGACAGUUUGCUGAAAUGCAUCUUCAGCUGUGACAGUCAGUGUUCAGGAAAGCCCAGUGAAUACAUCACAGCUAUUUUAGAGCUCUCCAUGCUGGUGGUUAAGAGGCAACAUUAUCUCCCUUACCACUGGGACUGGCUAUACUGGCGCUCCGAACAGGGACGGUCUUUCCGCAGGGCUUGUGACAUCGUACACGGCUUCACUGCUAAUAUUGUGAGAGAACGACGACUCCAACUUGACCAGCAGGGACACGGAAAGAGCCACUCGGAAAACCUGGAAUACACCGGAGAGUACAAGAAAAAAGACACAGAUUUUAUAGACUUACUGCUGUUGUCAAAGGAUGAGAACGGUGAUGGACUCACAAAUGAAGAGAUUCAGGCACACGCUGAUAUGUUCAUGUUUGCAGGUCACGACACCACAGCCAGCGCGCUCUCCUGGAUCUUCUACAACCUGGCCAUGAAUCAGGAGUAUCAGGAACGCUGUCGUGCUGAAGUCACAUCGCUGCUGCAGGACAGAGACACAGAUGACAUCACCUGGGAUGACCUCAGUCAGCUUAAAUUCACCACCAUGUGCAUUAAGGAGAGUUUAAGGCUUCACCCACCUGUUCUGGCACUGACCCGAUACUUUUCACAGGACAUGAAGAUGCCAGAAGACCGUCUCAUUCCGCAGGGAUGUCUGUGCUUGAUAAGUAUUUAUGGUAUUCAUCAUAACCCUGUUGUCUGGAGCGAUCCUGAGGUGUUUGACCCGAUGCGCUUUGAUCUACAGAAGCCAAAGGAAAGAUCACCUCAUGCUUUUAUACCAUUCUCUGCAGGACCCAGGAACUGCAUCGGUCAGAACUUUGCUAUGUCAGAAAUGAAGGUGGUGGUCGCUAAGACUCUGAUAAGGUUCAGUAUUCUGCCCGGACCCAAACCGGUUCGGCGUCUCUAUAGACUGGUGAUGAGAGCAGAAGGAGGACUGAUUUUACAUUUCAAACCUCUGUCCCAGGAUCAGUAACCACCACCAUGAUAUGGGAAAGAGGAGCGUCCACUUUACUGUCAUUUAUAAUCAGUCUGACCGGAGUUUUUAUGAAAGCGUUAAAUGAUGUUUGCAUACAAAAAUAUAAUAUUAGCUUGCUUGUUUAUAGUAACUGUGUAGGUGUUCAUGAAAAUAAAACAUUUUACAAUAUGACAUAAUAACUGUACAGGUGAUGGGCACAGUACCUGUAAAGUCCAAA